GCUGCGUCAAAUUCAGUGCGGACGAUGUAACAGAACAUGGAUAUCACAGAUUCAACUACACCGAGCUGGUCUCCCUGUACAGAAACUGCUCAACAAAGACUCGGUGUGUGUAUCAGGGGUCCUCGGCAGGGUGAAAUUCGUACAUUCUCUGUUGUGAAAUAUCAGUGUAUUGAAGGACAGGCAGAAAGUAACGCUGGUGCAAUAGCUGGAGGAGUUGUGGCCACAGUCGCAGUUGUACUGGUUGUCACAUUGGUGUCAGUGUGGAUCAUACGGCACAGACGAGCGAAAAGCGAAGGGAAGGAGAAGACUGCAUCACUUCCGAAGGAUGCAAAGUCUGACAUGACCUACAGUUUAGCCGGUAAGAUCUCACAGGAAAACUACCAUGAAAUCCAGGACACGAAGACACAGAACAGUGACUAUGACUACGCUACCGCGGACGACAUGGGUCUUCCUCCAACUACAAACACUUACUUCACCAUCGAACCUGCUGGGAAGCUAACUGCAAACGACAAUUCAACAGCCUCUGCAGCUGAAGGCGAGUAUGAUCACAUUGGAGACAAGCCAUCCCAACAGACCAGUGACUACGAUACAACAGCCUCGGUGGCUCAACCAGGAAAUACUGAGAAGAUGACUAUGGUUACAAUCACUUCCAAAGAAAGUCAACCCUCAGACACACCAGAAUGACUACGACACUGCUGCCUCUGCAACCCAGGCAGUUGCCCAACUCAGUUCGACCGAAAGGAACACAGAUGAAGACGACUAUGACCAUUGUCAUAGGGGAACCAAUGCUUCUGAGACUGUUAGCUCGCCGUAUGAUACUACAUCUGGAGUAGAGGAUAAUCCUGAUUAUUCUGUUGCAGGGCAAAUGAAAUAAGCAUAUCCCGAAAUUGAAUGUGUAUGCGUGUUCUUGUCGUACUGUACAUGUACAUGUAUCAGAACGACUGCACACUCCGUACUUGAUACCUGUCCUCAGUUGAGGUGCCAAAGAAUGUUUCCAGUCAAAUGCUUUUUCGUAUCAGUGAGGUCAGUGUUCAACAUUAUCAUAAGAAACGAGAAACAGAUGGCCUAUUCGUCUAAGGUGCGGUAGAUUGCACGAUUUCAGACUGGUUUAUUUAUGAUUUUGGUUUCCAGCACCAUUGAGUAAUAUGAACAUAUGCUGAGAUAUUGGUCACUCACAGACGGAAUGAUUAAUCCUUCCUUGAAAUGAUUUUUAUCAGGUUGGCAUUUCCACUAUUAUCAGUUAUGCCUCUUUGAUAAUAAUUAAUGAAUUUACAUGGAGUAAAUACAUAAUACACUGCAAAUACCAAUUCAGCACUAUUACUGUUUACACAAUUAUGUUCACAGCUUAAAAUGAAUAUUUGGCAGAAUUAUGCAACAUUCUCAUUCAUCGGUUUGUAUCGAGUUUUCAAACUUAGUUUGUCUUCAUAUUUAAAAAUAGUACAUAAAAAUACAGAUUAUGUAAUACACGUUGUGGCAACUGUUUCCAGGUUCCAUUUUAGUGCUCGUGGAUACUAUAUUUUGAAUGUUGAGUUCUAUGGUUUCAGUACGUUUUCAAUUCUUCACCACCAGCUCCUGUAUUUAGCUUACAACAUUCACGUACAUCGUCUCCUUUAGAGGACUUUAUAUG